AUGUACAAAGGUUUUUCCCGAAUAUGGACAGUUUAUUGCUUAGAUAGGUUACAACCAUGCAUUUCACCUUUUGCCGCUAGUGUUUUAAAUUCUCAACAUGGAAAAGUUGGAAAUCUAGGUUAUGUUUUCAAGAGAACUAAGAAACAUGAUAAAGGAAAUCCUUCAGCUCUUUUUGUUCCAAUACCGGUGAAACCAAAUCCUGACGAUAUAAAUAUAGGCGAGGAAUUAACUGGCCGUCUAAAAAAGCAAGAUUUGUUAAAAAUACUAAAUAAGUUCUACCAGAAACCAGAGGUUAGAGUUUUGGCAUCUGAAAACGGACUCGAUGAUCAGCUGUUGCAUCAGGCUUUUUUAUCAUUUCGAAGGCAUUGCUUGGAACACGACUUGCCUCCGGAUUUACAUAUAAUAAUUAGCGACAUUCUACUAGAUGCUGGACAUGUAGAUGAUUUAUUUCCAUAUUUCCUUAGGCAUGCUAGACUUGCCUUUCCACACCUUGAUUGUUUAGAUGAUUUGAAGAAAAUUUCUGAUUUAAGAACUCCUGCUAGUUGGUAUCCUCAAGCUCGUAAUUUAAGUAGAAAAAUUAUAUUUCAUGCUGGACCAACAAAUUCAGGCAAGACUUAUCAUGCUAUGGAAAAGUUCCUCACAUCUAAAUCUGGUGUUUAUUGUGGGCCAUUAAAAUUAUUAGCUACUGAAAUAUAUCAUAAGUCAAAUAGUAAGGGUACUCCAUGUGAUUUAAUAACAGGUGAAGAAAGAAGACAUGCAUCUCAGCACAAUACAUUGGUUGAUAAUGGAGAAAGCGAGGAGUCUUCAGAAGGUGAAUCGUUCCUACUUGACGAGCCUGAAUUAACUCCAUCAAAACAUGUUGCUUGUACAGUUGAAAUGACGUCUUUGAAUGAUAGGUAUGAAGUAGCAAUUAUUGAUGAAAUCCAGAUGAUUGGUGACAGAGGAAGAGGCUGGGCAUGGACCAGAGCUGUAUUAGGUUUGCAGGCAGAUGAAAUACAUUUAUGCGGGGAAGCCGGUGCUAUAGAACUUGUAGAAGAAAUUUGCAACACUACUGGAGAGGAAAUGGAGGUGCGUUCAUACAAAAGAUUAACAGAACUAAAAGUGGAAGAUUCAGCCUUGGGUUCGUUAGACACUGUGCGAGCAGGCGACUGUAUAGUGUGUUUCAAUAAAAAUGACAUUUACAGUGUGAGUCGAGCGAUCGAACAGAGGGGUCACGAAGUAGCUGUAAUAUAUGGAAGUCUCCCGCCGGGAACGAAGUUGGCACAAGCAAAUAAGUUUAAUGAUCCAGAAACUUCUUGCAAAAUAAUGGUCGCUACUGAUGCGAUUGGAUUAGGUAUUAAUUUGAGUAUAAGAAGAAUUAUAUUCUAUUCACUUAUAAAGCCAAUAGUGAAUGAAGACGGGGAUAAGGAAAUGGAUGUGAUCAGUAUAUCACAGGCUUUACAAAUAGCAGGCCGUGCCGGCAGAUACGGCAGCGCGUGGGAGACCGGUCACGUGACCACGUACAAGGCGGAGGACCUCGCCACGCUCAAGACCCUGCUGGCGCAGCCCCCCGAGCCCGUGGCGCAGGCCGGCCUGCACCCCACCGCCGAGCAGAUGGAGCUGUAUGCUUACCAUCUGCCCCAUGCUAGCCUUAGUAGUCUUAUGGACAUCUUCGUUCACCUCUGCACAGUGGACGAUUCUCUAUACUUCAUGUGCAACACUGAGGGGUUCAAGUUCCUGGCGGAGAUGAUCCAGCACGUGCCGCUGCCGCUGCGCGCGCGCUACGUGUUCUGCUGCGCGCCCAUCAACAACAAGCUGCCCUUUGUGUGCGCCACCUUCCUUAAGAUGGUCCGUCAGUACAGUCGCAACGAGCCAAUAACGCGGAACUGGAUGAGCAAUGCGGUAGACUGGCCGAUGCCUUCGCCAAAAACCAUCAUGGACUUAGUACACUUGGAAGCCGUCUUUGAUGUUCUUGAGCUGUACUUGUGGCUUAGUUAUAGAUUCCCAGACAUGUUCCCCGAUGUUAAGUUGGUGCGUGAAAUGGAGUCCGAGUUGGACGCUAUUAUUCAACAAGGAAUAUUCCAGAUCACAAGGUUAUUAAGAAAUUCAGAGCAAGUGCUACGUAGUGAGCCCGAUGCGAGUGAAGCUGUGAGGGGCAAGAAGAUGGGAAAACACUCCCCGGCAGCGAGGGGAGAGGAGAAAGGGAAAUUGUCAGAAAUGCUAGUCGCUCGGGGUUUAAUAACUCCACAGAUGUUAAAAAAACUCCAACAGGAACUUACGACAGAUAAAACAGACAGACGGAGUAAAACCGGACGGAAUAGAAGAAAA